GGAGCACUGAUAAGUGAGCAAGAUCUAACGGACAAAAGCAUGGAAUGUAUAUUUGACCAGCUAGGCGUGCAAUCGGUAACAUGUGCUCUCGAGCAGCUACGAAUUGAUGGUCUGAUUACGAGACAGCGAUUUCCAGUGGAAGAUUCGAAAUCAUGGAAAACGCAAGCUACUUUAUCGUUUAGUUUCCGACAUUUUUUCAACCAUCGUUACCAUCCGGAUCUUAUGGAGAGACUUAUCGAUUCAAUCGAAGACGUGGAAUGUGGUAAGGGUUUUGCACCAACUGAUGACACGCCAAGUUCUGUUGCUGCUGCUUCCAAAUGCUUCUACACUGAGGCAUGUUUUUUACUUGAUCAGUUAUUAAAAUGCUUGAUUAUGCUGGAUUAUUAA